AUGUCAUCCAAUAGUUCUAUUGUUUCCAAUAGUGUUCCUCAAUCCACUGAUUCUCAACAAACUACUCCCCCUGAUCCACAGAAUGCGGAAGAGGAAACCAAUAUCAGCAACAAUGUUAUUUUCCACAAGAAUAAGAUCUUUGUUGGAGGUCUUCCCCACCAAAUUGAGGAAAUAGAACUAAAAUCAUAUUUUAGCACAUAUGGUAAAGUGAUGCACACCAAAAUUAUGCGUGAUGUAUCAAGCGGAAGAGGCAGAGGUUUCGGAUUCAUUACCUUUCAACAGGAAGAAGUUGUGGAAAAUGUAUUAAAAACCACAUUUCAUAAACUCAAGAACAAGCGUGUGGAGGUUAAAAGGGCCGCUGUGGAACAAAUACGUGUUACACAACCCAAAAUCUAUAGCAACAACAACUACUCCACAUUCAACAGCGACAGCAGCAGCAGCAACAACUAUUACAACACAUUCAACAACAACAACAUCAUGUACUGCUAUGACUAUAAGCAUUCCAUCUAUAAUCUACACCCAAUUAUGCCUAUAGACCCCACUCCUUUCAUGUACCCCAAUAACUUAUUCUCAUAUCCUCAGCCCCCGUACUACCUGAUUUACCCAAUCCACCUUCAUACGUACAUGAUGAACAUGGACAAAAAGUUUUUUUAUCAAGGCCACAAUUAG